AUGGCGACCAAUCAAGGCCAACCUGCGGGCAUAGGCCUGCAGGAAAUGCCGAUGGAGAUCAAGAAGAUGAUCGCUCUUGAGAUCGAAGACGACGAAGACCUCGUGUCGUUUCGGGCAGCCGGUGCCGCCACCAAGAACAUCAUUGACGGAGACUACGGUACCUUCUGGCGUACCAAAUUGCGCAAUAAGUACGACUACAGGGAGGUUAGCAUGUCCUUAGAGAACAUAGCCAAACUGUACCAGGAGAGGUCGCAGCUCUUCCGUCUCGGCAUUCACAUCGACUUCUUCUACGGUGGAACUGAGCUCGAAGUCGCGGCCGUGAGCAAAUUGCAGGACCUGAUCAUGGAGUCUUUCCAAGGUGAAACAGAAGUCGACGAGUGCGGAGUUCACCACUCCAAGAACCAAGCCCGCCUGAGAGACUUCCUGCUCAAAUCGCGCUUCAUCAACGACAACAGGCGGGCCCCGUUGCCUACGGGCCGCGGACCUGUCUCUGUCGACGAGAAAUUAGCAGCCACCAAGAUUGUGUCCUUCCAACUCAUCUUCGGCAUCAAAGGCCUCACGCAGAGGGUAUUCGCCUUCCCAGAGAUCCAGUUCGUCGUGUAUAAACACCACACGUCCCGCGAAAUCUUUGACUCGGACCAUAAGAAGGCAGACCUACAGUGGUUUCUUCACUGCAUGAACUUUUGGCGCCACCAGAUGAAGAAUCGAUACAUGGAUACGCUAUACGACGUUAUCGAGGCAUUGGAUGAAGAGGAAAAGCCCUCAGCUUGGCGCGGACCCAUCACCCAAGGCGUACAGCCAUUGUGCAACAACUGGAGGGGCACGUACUCGUAUCUGACCUACCAAGACUAUCAUGCAGUGCGCCGAGGAGAUCUGAGCGGGGAAAACUAUGACCAGGGCGUUGACAUGGCUCGCCUUCAGGCGCUUGAGCUCAAUUUCGCAAAAAAGAGCAUCCUCCCAAGCGGUCAGAAGCUGGAUUGGCCCAUCGAGUUCGAGAACCAUCUGCAAUCGAUCGAGAACGAUACACGUGCCAAACGAGGCCUCAAGACUUCCGGCCCUUACGAACCACAGAAGAACUGCAGCAGCAUUCACUUCGCUGGCAGUGGAGAAGAGUCUAACGGCAAGUACAAGAUCCUUGGAUGGCUCAACCCGUUGCCUCCACAAGGCGGUCUUCCUGGUUGGCAGCGCAUCACAAUGAUGCAGCAUACAUCUAGUGACUACAAGAACUGUGACAAAGACAAGGGACUCUGGGCCUAUGAGGGUGUAGUCGUUCCUGGUGGUCGUAUGAUCCUUGGUCGGGCUUGGCUCGUGAACGAUGAGAACGGCAAAAACAUGGACAAGAGUGGACCAUUCAUGCUAUGGGCCGUUGACAAGCCAGUCUUCGAUGACGAGGAGUAG